AUGUCUAUGAGCGAACUCAUUGCGACGUUGCGAGAGAAUGAUCAGAUCGUGGAUUGUAUCGUCGUCGGUGCCGGCCUCUCAGGCCUUGCAGCUGCCGAGGAGCUCGUGGCAGCCAGAAAAUCCGUCCUCGUUCUCGAAGCACGCGACCGCGUCGGCGGCAAGGUUUAUGAUGUCCACUUCUCGACCCCCAGUGUGUCCGGAUAUGUUGAGGCUGGUGCUUCGUUUGUCGGGGCAGGUCAAACUGAGAUCGUCGCCCUCGCCGAAAGGCUAUCGCUCCGACUCUUUGACACACAUGAGAAAGGGAAGAAGAUCGUUUUUCCCACUUCGGGCGAGCGUAAACUUUUUGAUCCUGAAGAUCCUGCCUAUGCAGAGCCUCCAAUGCCGAUGGAAGCGAUUGCACAAGCCAUGGCUGCCGUGGCGGAGCUCGAUGAACUCGCCGCAGAGUUGGAUCGCACUACGCCCUGGACCCAUCCAAAGGCUCAGGAAUGGGAUUCCCAAACACUUCAUUCCUGGAUGGAAUCCCGUCUCACUCAUCCAGAUGCACGGGCUUUUAUUCUGGCACAAUGGCGCGCUCUCCUUUCGGCUGAGCCCGCUGAUGUUUCGUUCCUCCAGGCAUUAUCGUACAUUGUCCGCGCCACAGAUGAUAAUUUGACACCUCCGGCAAAAGGGAAUUGGGCACGAUUGACAGACGUCAAAGGCGGCGGUCAAGAGGCGCGAAUCGAAGGCGGUACACAACUUCUCCCCAUUGGACUGGCGAAGCGUCUAGGUAGCCAGGUGGUCAAGACCAAUGCUCCAGUUACUGGCAUCAGCAAGCAAGGCGCAGAAUAUCGUGUUUACGUCGAGCGCGGCCUAGAAGCGCCUAAGGUCAUUUACAAAGCGCGAUCGGUGGUCCUUGCUCUUUCACCACCACUGGUCUCACGACUGAGCUUUGAGCCACCGCUGCCAGCUAGAAAUAACCUUGUCGGCCAACGUAUGAACAUGGGUGCGCUCGGCAAAGCGAUUGCAGUGUACGAGAAACCCUUCUGGCGCGAUGAGGGCCUAAGUGGUCAAGUCUUCUGCCUCAGUGACUCUCAUGUUCAAGUCGUAUUUGACGAUUCUCCCGCCAAUCUUUCCUGCGGCGUAGUCAUGGGAUUCUUGGUCGGUAAUACGGCCCGAGAGCUGGACGCGCUCAGCGAUGAGCAGGUCCAACAGCUCAUUUUGCGCGAUUACAUUCGUUUCUUUGGUCCGAAAGCGGCCGAUGUAAAGCACUGGAUUAUCCAGCGUUGGGAUCGCGAAGAGUAUUCCCGAGGUGGUCACUUUGCGCUCUGCCCACCAAAUGUCAUGACUGUCUACGGCAGGGAUUGCGCAGAACCUGUUGGGAAUAUCUUUUUUGCGGGAACCGAGCUGUCCGAUCAAUGGGCUGGUUUCAUGGAGGGCGCGGUCAGGGCUGGUCGUGCUGCUGCCGGUGGAGUGAUCAAGCGGCUGGGGGAAACUUCCUUGCCAGAUCAAGUAUCAGCGGAGGCAAGAUUAUAA